UAAUGUUUCUUUGACCCCACAUUUCCCUACAUAAUUACAAAAUAACAGCUAGAGAGAGAGAGAGAGAGACGCUACUCUGUUUUCUUCGUGAUUUCAUUCAUUUCUAAUUAACUUUUUUCACCUUCUUUUUCUUCUUAAAUCGCUGUCUCUUCUCGAUUAUUGUGUUUGUUCUUCUUCGAAUAUCUCGCAAUUUUCCUUUAUCGAGUUCACCGGAAAAUUCAUCAUUCUUGAUUAUUUUUUUUGUAGUUUUAUGUUUUUUUGGUGAAGGAUAAAGCAUGAGUAGCGUACAGAAUACUGUAGAUACUGUAAAUGCUGCUGCUACGGCCAUAGUUAAUGCAGAAAGUAGAGUUCAACCAUCUACAGUUCAGAAGAGAAGAUGGGGAAGUUGCUGGAGUCUAUACUGGUGUUUUGGUUCUAACAAGCACAGCAAACGAAUUGGUCAUGCCGUCCUUGUUCCUGAACCUGCAGCACCUGGACCUUCUGUUCCAGUUACUGAAAAUCCAAACCACUCGGCCACCAUUGUAAUUCCCUUUAUAGCUCCUCCCUCUUCUCCUGCAUCCUUUCUUCCGUCUGAUCCUCCUUCUGCUACCCAGACACCCGCUGGAUUAGUCUCUGUCAAAUCCCUCUCUAUUAAUGCAUAUUCUCCCGGUGGGACUGCAUCUAUUUUUGCAAUUGGUCCCUAUGCUCAUGAAACACAGUUAGUUUCCCCACCUGUUUUUUCUACCUUUACUACUGAACCUUCUACAGCUAAUUUUACUCCCCCACCUGAACCAGCGCAUAUGACAACACCACCUUCACCAGACGUGCCUUUUGCGCAGCUUUUGACAUCAUCACUAGCCCGCAAUAGAAGAUAUAGUGGGUCCAAUUAUAAGUUCCCGUUGUCCCAGUAUGAGUUUGUGCCUUAUCAAGAUCCAGGAAGUCCACGUAGUAAUCUAAUAUCUCCAGGUUCAGUAGUAUCAAAUUCUGGCACCUCCUCACCUUUCCCUGGCAAAUGCCCUAUAAUUGAGUUCAGUAAGGGGGAACCUCCAAGAUUUCUUGGUUAUGAACAUUUCUCCACUCGUAAAUGGGGUUCAAGAGUUGGCUCAGGAUCGUUGACACCGAGUGGCUGGGGCUCUAGGCUGGGCUCUGGAACUCAGACCCCGAACGGUGGGAUUUCAAGGCUAGGCUCUGGUACUGUGACUCCAAAUGGUGGGGAACCUCCUUCCCGAGAUAGUUACCUUUUGGAGAACCAAAUCUCCGAGGUAGCAUCUCUUGCCAAUUCUGAUAAUGGAUCUGAAAUUGAGGAAGGUGUAAUUGAUCACAGAGUUUCAUUUGAAUUAACUGGGGAAGAUGUCCCAAGUUGCAGAGAAAAGGAGCCCGUCAUGCCACAUUCGCAACACACUCUGCCAAGGGAUGUCCCUGCCCCUUCCAAUUUGUUAUCCAACGAAAUGGAAAGUAGUAGCUCUAUAGUCGAAGAAAAAGCAGAUGAAUUGCCUGGGAAAGCUUCAGAAAGCGGCGAAGAUCAAUGUCAGCGAAAGCACCGGAAUAUUACAUUUGGUUCAAGCAAAGAUUUUGAUUUUGACAAUGUGAAAAUAGAAGUCUUGGAGAAGGACAGUGUUGACUGUGAGUGGUGGACAAGUGACAAGGCUGCAGGGAAGGAAUCAGGUAUUCAAAACAACUGGACUUUCUUUCCUGUGUUGCAGCCAGGAGUCAGCUAAUGCCUGAGACUAAAAGUUUAUGUUGGAUAUCAAUGUUACACAUACCGAUGUUACUGCUUCUGAUAAUAUAAGCUGGGAAUGCAAUUUUGAGACAUAGAAUUCUAACUGCAAAGAAGAUUGCAAACUUAGUUUUAAAACUGGAGUUGGACUUGUUACACAUCAUGCAUCAGUAAUUGGUGUUUGGUGCGCAGAUACUCACCUGAAAAUACUCCUUUGAAUAAAGGACUUUUGUAUACAAUAAUAGAAUAUGUUUGAAAAGAGAUGUAAAUGAUAUUUCCUUAAAAUUGAGAUGUUAGACCUGAGAAUUUUUCACUUCCACUUUUUUAUGGUAUCAAAGUUAUUAUGCUA